GUAAGACAGCCUGGAGGAGUACAGGACUCUACCUCCCUGAAGGUCACACAGCAGUUAUAACGUUCCCUUGCCUGGUGGUCGGUGCUGGUCUGAAGGUGCAGGUUGGGUGUCACACAGAUGACCUGUCUCACGCCAGGGAGCUGAAACGGGCCCCAGUGGUCACCCGGACCUGCGACAUCGCGGGCCAGGAGCUCCCCGUCUCCUGCCUCUGGGGCGGCCUCAUUUACAUCCUGGUACCUGCCAGGAGCCAGCUGGGCAAAGUGCCCAUCAGGGUGGAAGGGGCAGUCAGAGCUCCUUUCUUCAGGCUGGGGGAGACCUGUGCAGGGGAGUGGAAGGCCUGUAUCCGGCACUACCCGGCCCCCUGGGCAGAGCUGGCCCUGGAGAAUCUCAUCCUGACAGUGCCAUCCGACAGCAUCCGCCACGUGGAGGACCCACGGCCACUGCUGACCCUGUGGAGUGAGAUCAUGGUGGCAAUCAGCCAGCUGGCAGCCAUACCAACCAAAUUCCCAAGGCCAGAGAGGAUCGUCACGGAUGUGCAGAUCUCCUGUGGCUGGAUGCACUCUGGCUACCCCAUCAUGGGCCACCUGGAGUCGGUGAAGGAGCUGGUGGACGUGGAGCACAUGCAAACUACUGGUCUGUGGGGUCCUGUCCAUGAGCUGGGGCACAACCAGCAGCAGCAAGCGUGGGAGUUUCCCCCUCACACCACAGAGGCCACCUGCAACCUCUGGUCUGUCUACGUUCACGAGAAGGUGCUGGGGAUUCCCAGGCAGCAGGCCCACCAGGCACUCAGGCCACAGUGUCGGGAGGAAAGGAUAAGAGGAUAUCUGAAGAAAGGGGCUCAGCUCAAGGACUGGCAGGUGUGGACUGCUCUGGAGACAUACCUGCAGUUGCAGGAAGGGUUUGGCUGGGAGCCCUUCAUCCAGCUCUUCUCUGACUACCAGAAGAUGUCGAACAUCCCAAAAGACAAGCCUUCUAAGAUGAACUUGUGGGCACAGAAGUUUUCUCAGCAGGUGAAUAAGAACUUGGCUCCAUUUUUUACAGCCUGGGGUUGGCCUAUCAAGAAGGAGCUGUCUGAGGAACUGUCUGUUCUACCCGCCUGGGAAGAGGACCCAAUGAGAUCCUAUAGACCCUGA